CUUGGAUCACCUAAUUAUAUCUUUGGUAUUUAUGAUGGUCAAACAGCAAAUAAUGACACUCCAUCUCAAGCUGUUCCAGGUAGUAAUAAAAUCACUGCUCUCUUUCGUGAUUGGUUUGAUACACACAAGUUACCUUGGAAUAAUACUGAUUUUAGUGGUCGAAGUGAUUACGGUCCCUUUUUAGCCGAAGGUAUAGUUGCUGGUGGUCUAUUUACUGGUGGUGACGAUGUCAAAGAUCAACAAACACGUGAUUAUAUGGACCAAAUGCUUGGUCAAGGAAUGGGUGGCAUUGCUGGUGCUGACUAUGAUCCAUGUUAUCAUCAAGCUUGUGAUUCGAUUCAAAAUAUAAAUGAAUUUGCAUUUGAGAAAAUGGUGCAAGCAGCUGCUUAUGCUUUAGAAUAUUUAGCUCGACAAGAUAAUCUAACUCAAUGGCUUUAUCCAAAUGGUAAACCUAUACGUUCUAAUAAUGAAUCACCACAACGAAAAUAUGACUCUAUAAAUGAAUAUUUUGGCAUGCCUUAUUUAUAG